UCCUGCCACCACUUUGCAAAUUCAGUGUUUGGUUUUGUAAGCGAGCAGUCCCACAAGCAUUUGCUGGCUCUAGCAUACCAAGCUACUGGGGUUGGGUAAUGGGGUUGCUGUAAAUAUACAUGGGCGAAGCUGAUGGAGCACGCUUGGUCAAGAUCUUGCAAGCUGAAGGCUUGGACAAUCUCCCCGGAAAAUUUUGGCAUGAAGCUCAGCUGGUGUUGUGGCCCAGCGAUGAGCCACAAGUUUCCGAGGACCUGACCCUUUUGAACAUGGAGCGUGUGACUGCCCUCGUUUCCAACUACAAGGAAAAGGGUUUUGUUUACCAGCUGGCUACGUACCUACGUGAAUGGCAGCAAGAGGGUCAGCAGGAUCCUUUCGCCCCAGCUUCACUCAGCACCACUGAAAAGCCUGACAGCAAGAUGCUGAGCGCACCGUCCAAACAGUAGGACUCUUUCAAGCGUUCUUUCGACAUCCGGGUGAGUUGAAAUCCUACAGAUUUGACAGCAGAUGAAUGUGAGAGGGUUUCAAAGCAAACCAUCAACUACAAG